CACGUUCAAGAGCCAGGGUGCACAGCGCCUAGUCUCCACUGGAGGGGCGCUAAUGAAAAGAGAAUGACAGGAGAGGAAAAGAACUACAAUUCCCAGCAUGCAGUGCGCAGCGCGGCUCCGGGAGAGGCCGGCUGUGCACUCCAGCGGGGUCUCAGCCCAGAAUCCGUGCCCACGGCUGCGGGCUGACAAGGUGAGCGCUGGUGUAGGAUGUGAGUGAGCACUGAGGUGUGUUCCGGCGCCCCGGGCAAGCCGGGAAGUUAGGCCUCUGGGAGCCAGCUCGCACGCCCUGGCGGACCUCUGCAGUCCUAGAGCCGGUGUCCACACCGGACCACACAUCCGGACGUGACGCUACAGCGGAGGAGGAAGGGAGAGGCGGAGCGUCGCGGUGACGUCCCCCCAAGAUGGCGGAGAGAGAGUGAGGAAACUGUUUCCCUUGGGCGGCCACCGAUCAAGGGUAAAUUCCCAUUCUGAUAUCAAAAUGCAGUAUUCACACCACUGUGAGCACCUUUUAGAGAGACUGAACAAACAGCGGGAAGCAGGAUUUCUUUGCGACUGUACCGUAGUGAUUGGCGAGUUCGAGUUUAAGGCGCAUAGGAAUGUGCUUGCCUCCUUUAGUGAGUAUUUUGGUGCGAUCUACAGAAGCACUUCUGAGAACAAUGUUUUUCUUGAUCAGAGUCAGGUGAAGGCUGACGGAUUUCAGAAACUGUUGGAGUUUAUAUAUACGGGAACUUUAAAUCUCGACAGUUGGAAUGUUAAAGAAAUUCAUCAGGCUGCUGACUAUCUCAAAGUAGAAGAGGUAGUAACUAAAUGUAAAAUAAAGAUGGAAGAUUUUGCUUUUAUUGCUAGUCCCUCUUCUACAGAAAUAUCUAGUAUUACUGGAAACAUCGAAUUGAAUCAACAGACCUGUCUUCUUACUCUGCGAGAUUAUAACAAUCGGGAGAAAUCAGAAGUGUCCACAGACUUAGUUCAGGCAAAUCCUAAACAACGUGCAUUGGCAAAGAAAUCGUCUCAAAGUAAAAAGAAGAAAAAGUCUUUCAAUUCCCAGAAACCAGGGCAGAAUAAAACAGUGCAGUAUCCCAGUGAUGUUUUAGAGAGCUCCUCUGUUGAAUUAUUUCUAGAUACAAAUAAGUUGUCCUCCCCAGUGGUCGAACAAGUCAUGCAAGGAAAUGAUAAUUCAGAACUUGAGUUGACCUCAGUUGUGGAAAAUACUUUUCCAGCACAAGAUAUUGUGCAAACUGUUACAGUCAAACGGAAACGUGGAAAGUCACAGUCACACUGUGCUCUGAAAGAACACUCCAUGUCUAAUAUAACCAGUGUAAAGAGUCCAUAUGAACUGGAGAGCACUGGGGAAGAGCUGGAUCAGCGGUAUUCGAAGGCCAAGCCAAUGUGUAACACAUGCGGGAAGGUGUUUUCAGAAGCCAGCAGCUUGAGAAGGCACAUGAGAAUACAUAAAGGAGUCAAACCCUAUGUCUGCCACUUGUGUGGAAAGGCUUUUACCCAGUGUAACCAGCUGAAAACACAUGUAAGAACUCAUACAGGGGAAAGGCCAUACAAAUGUGAACUGUGUGAUAAAGGAUUUGCUCAGAAAUGCCAGCUGGUCUUCCACAGUCGCAUGCAUCAUGGUGAGGAAAAACCCUAUAAAUGUGAUGUGUGCAAUUUACAGUUUGCAACUUCUAGCAAUCUCAAGAUUCAUGCAAGGAAGCACAGUGGAGAGAAGCCAUAUGUCUGUGAUAGAUGUGGGCAGAGAUUCGCCCAAGCCAGCACCCUGACCUAUCAUGUCCGUCGGCACACUGGAGAAAAGCCUUACGUGUGUGACACCUGCGGAAAGGCAUUUGCUGUCUCUAGCUCUCUAAUCACUCAUUCUCGUAAACACACAGGUGAAAAACCAUACAUAUGUGGUAUUUGUGGGAAAAGUUUUAUUUCCUCAGGAGAGCUCAACAAACACUUUCGAUCCCAUACAGGAGAACGACCAUUUAUCUGUGAAUUGUGUGGAAAUUCUUACACAGACAUUAAAAACUUGAAGAAGCACAAAACAAAGGUCCAUUCUGGUACAGAUCAAACUCCAGAUUGCAGUGUAGAUGACCAUGCUUUAAGUGAACAAGAUCCCACACAAAGAAGUCCUCUGUCAGAAACUCUAGAUGUGAAGCCUUCUGAUAUGACUCUACCCUUAGCGCUUCCACUUGGAACUGAAGACCAUAUGCUGCUUCCUGUCACCGAUAGUCAGUCUCCUACAUCAGACACCCUGUUAAGGUCAACUGUGAAUGGAUAUUCAGAGCCACAGUUGAUUUUUUUACAACAAUUAUAUUGACUUUGAGGACAUGGAAUUGCUAAGACAUCCCUGGUAGUAAACAUAAACAUCUCUGGUAAGGUGCAUAUUCAUAUUAGUCCCAUUCAUUUGAGCGGUGUGAACACCAUCCAGCAGUGCUCGUCUUGACUCGGCUUUCACUGCAAACAGCCUUUCCAGGAGUGACACCUGCCCACUGUGGCAGCACUAGGCUGCGUGGGUUGACUUGUAGACACUGUUCACGCUGCCUUAAUUCCGUUUUUAUUUUGCGUUUUGGACUUUGUUCCUGACAUAAAAUCUGACCUGUGGGUCUUUUCAUUGUCCUCUUCUAACUGUUUAAGCAAAAUCUACAGUAAUAUCAACUUCAAAGCAUUUCUGUUUAUAAACCCUGUGGAGCAGUGUGUAAACUGUUGGAGGGGUUCAAUUUCGUAUUUAUACCUAUGAAAAUUUAGAUACUAAGGAAGAAUUGUGCUAUUUAUUAAUAUAUUCCUUUAGAGGUAACUUUUUUAAUGAAGCCAAAAGAAGUAUUUCUCUUAAUACCCAGAAAAAUGUAUGUAAAUUUUUGUUCAUUUAGAAUGAACUCAGUAUUCUGGAGAAAACCAACUGUCUGAAAGUCAGUUUUUGUUUUGAGUUCAACUGUAUUUUUUUAAAUAGAUAUUUGGUGUUUUUAAGUGGUCAAAAGACAGUUUUGAAAUUUGAUUCACUUUAUAUUUUAUUAGAUUUGUAGAUUAUUGGAAGUGAAUAUAUAACAGUUUGAAAAUUUUUGAUAAGCCUAUCUUUUAUCAGUUAUGCACUUUUUAAAAUAAAUGUUCUAAAAAGAAUUUUCUAGAUAUAAAAUACAUACUAGAAAUCACUUGGCUUCUAAAUUUGAUAUAUUACAUAGAAAAAUCAAGAAACUUGAGUAGCUUGCCUAAAGCAACCCACGAACACACACAAAUAGAAUUACUAUCCUAACUUCAAUUAUAAGCUACACUUUUUGGUUAUCAGUUUAUUUACCAUUUUAUAUUUGAGUUUUCUGUAAGUAUGCGUUUUUCAAUUUUAUAAAUUACACUACACCUUUGGGUUGUUGGCUGAAACUUCCUAGUGGUCUUUCCAUUCCAGAGAAUUCAGUGACACCCAUCCAGAUACCUGCUGCCACUUUCCCCAUCUCACUAUUCCCGCAUAUUAAUUUAUUUCACUGCCUCACCUCUGCAUUUUAAUUCUCAGUUUCAGAGAGUCAGUUCCCAUAGUACUGAUAGAAGUCAUGGUGACUAUUUCUCAUUUCUGCCGUGAAUUAGUUAUGCUUAUUUGUUUUCAUGAUUUAAACUACACUGAAAUAAAUUCAAUGUGUUUACCAAUACUGAA